AUGAUCGGAGAGAUUGGGGGCACGGCCGAGGAGGAGGCGGCGGAGUUCAUCAGGGCGUCAGGCACACAGAAGCCCGUGGUGUCAUUCAUCGCAGGCCUCACCGCCCCCCCGGGCCGCCGGAUGGGCCACGCGGGCGCCAUCAUCAGCGGCGGCAAGGGCAAGGCCUCGGACAAGAUCGCGGCGCUCGAGGCAGCGGGCGUCACCGUCACGCCCAGCCCUGCGCAGAUGGGCGUCACAAUGAAAAAAGUCAUGGCGGAGCGCGGCCUCCUAGCCUAG